GAGUUCCUCCUCCUUCUCCUCCGCCCCGCGCAGCCGCCGCCCGGCCCCGGGGCGGCCCCUUCCCCGCCCCGGCGGCGCCAGCGAGCGCCCGGCGGGGCGUGCGCGGCCCUCGCUCCCUCCCUCCCUCCGUCCCUCCCUCCCUCUCUCCGCCCGCCGUGAGGGCGGGAGGGACGCGGCAGCCCCGAGCGGGAGGCGAGGGAGGCGGCGCGCCGGGAGCCAUGCGGGAGUACAAGGUGGUGGUGCUGGGCUCGGGCGGCGUGGGCAAGUCCGCCCUCACCGUGCAGUUCGUGACGGGCUCCUUCAUCGAGAAGUAUGACCCCACCAUCGAGGACUUCUACCGCAAGGAGAUCGAGGUGGACUGCUCGCCGUCGGUGCUGGAGAUCCUGGACACGGCGGGCACCGAGCAGUUCGCCUCCAUGCGGGACCUCUACAUCAAGAACGGGCAGGGCUUCAUCCUGGUCUACAGCCUGGUGAACCAGCAGAGCUUCCAGGACAUCAAGCCCAUGCGGGACCAGAUCAUCCGGGUGAAGAGGUACGAGAGGGUGCCCAUGAUCCUGGUGGGCAACAAGGUGGACCUGGAGGGCGAGCGGGAGGUCUCCUUCGGGGAGGGCAAAGCCCUGGCCGAGGAGUGGAGCUGCCCCUUCAUGGAGACCUCGGCCAAAACCAAAGACUCGGUGGACGAGCUCUUCGCCGAGAUCGUCAGGCAGAUGAACUACGCCUCGCAGCCCAACGGGGACGAGCAGUGCUGCUCCUCCUGCGCCAUCCUCUGAGGGCG